AAUCAAAACGGCGGUCUGCGGGUGCGGACGCAAGCAACGCGUACGCAUCACGCUUCGAUCAUCGAACACACUGAGGCGGCCGGACGAGUGCGCUGUGUAAGACAAAACAAGCAACGUCCAACAUGGGGACGAUACUGAACAACGUAACACAUUACUACCACUACAUAAACGAUGACCUGGCAGAUCCACGAACGAAUAGUUUCUGGUUGAUAUCGACGCCGAUACCAAUAUGUAUAAUAAUGUUCCUGUACCAUCGUUUCGUUCAUUCCUGGGGACCGCAGUUUAUGGCGAAUCGGCCGGCAUACAAAUUGAAAAAUACAAUCAUUAUAUAUAACAUGGUGCAGAUCUUCUUAUCAGGACUCAUAACCUUUAAGUGCAUUAGCUGGCUGUAUCUUCCAGGACACUACAAUGUUUGGUGUCAGAAAAUAAACUACGAAGACAACGAAAUCGAGAGGCUGGUCAUACAUUAUGUGUGGCUGUACUACGUUAUCAAGAUCAUCGAUUUACUUGAUACGGUAUUUUUCGUGCUCCGAAAGAAGUUUAAUCAAGUAACGUUUCUCCACGUGUACCACCACUUGGGCAUGUGUCUGCUUGGUUUCAUCGGAACGAAAUUUGUGCCUGGUGGUCACGGUAUCAUGCUCGGGUUCAUUAAUUCGUUUGUUCACUCAGUUAUGUACACCUACUAUUUGAUAUCAAUUGUCCGAAGGGAAUGGGUCAGAAUAUGGUGGAAGAAAUAUAUAACACAGUUGCAAAUUUUGCAAUUUAUUCUGCUGAUUCUACAUUUUGGCCACGUGAUCUUCGAGCCCUCCUGCGCAUACCCGAAAUGGGUAUCGUUUGUAUUUCUACCGCACAAUAUAUUUAUAUUGAUUCUAUUCACGGACUUUUAUAUUAAAGAGUACAUUUAUAAAAAGAAAAAAUAAGCGUAUGUAUUAAUUAGUAAUUCUAGUUAGUUUGUAAUGCAAUAAAACGAUUAUUUAUUA